UUUUUGCCCCUCACUUUUUCUUUUUUUUUUCACCCUUUAAACGCAUAAAUCCAUCAACAACACUUUCCUCUUAUCUCUCUGCAGUUUCUCAGCUUCUUCCUAAGCUCAUGGACUACUUUGAUUCAACGUUGAGCUCUCCAGUUUAUGUUUUUAGCAAUUUGGUCGAUCUUCGAGAUUCGGGCGUUACGGGCAAGGCGGGGAAUGAGGAGACGAGAGAGAUGGAAGACGAGGGAGUGGAUAAUGAUUUCGAGGUUGAAUUGGACGUUGAGUUCUGUCCAGUUGAGCAUCCGGUCGAACCUUAUGACGAAGACCGCCCCGUCAAAUGCCCCGUACCCAUCUCAUCUUCUGUUAUCCAUAACGAACAUAAGGUGGAGAGGACAAGAGAGGUUAGAGAGUCGAACCUACUACGCAAGGACCAAACGACCGAGGCUCUGUCACGUCCGAUCCGAGUCGUGAGGAAGAGGCACCACACUUUCACCGGCAGAAACGACGUCGCCAUGGCCCCUACGAGAGUCCCAACACUCCAAACUCCAACCAUAUCUCAGGAAUCCAACCUCACAAUCUAUCGAGUUGUCGUCAACGAGUUCGAGUCCCAAAUCUAACAAACUCUAUAAGAUUUGAUCGACUGUUUCUUGAAAUACCCUUUUCCGUAUCGCAUCAUAUAAUUUGUUUCUUUCCUUUUUUUAAUUUGUUUUUUUACCAGCGGUUGAUUGUUAAUCACACUGCCUAGUUUUGUUGGUGAAACGUAGAUGGAGAGCGUACCAAAGUUGGUAUAGUUACCACCGUUAGUCAGUAAAAUCAAGUUUGGUUCGUUUC